AUGGCUACUGAAGAUGUCACUUCCGUCGUCAUCGACGCAGGAUCAGGAAUGAUCAAAGCCGGAUUCUCCGGGGAAGUUGUUCCACGAGCCAUCUUUCCGUCGAUCGUCGGGACCCCAAAAUAUAAGGGUGUGAUGAUCGGAAUCGCAGAGAAGGACACUUACAUUGGAGACGAGGCGCAGUCAAAAAGAGGAAUUCUCUCGAUGAAGUAUCCGAUCGAACAGGGAAUCGUCACCAACUGGGACGACAUGGAGAAACUCCUUCAUUACACCAUCUACAAUGAGCUUUGUGUUCUUCCGGAGGAGCAUCCGUUUCUUCUCACCGAGGCUCCACUCAACCCAAAAGCCAAUCGCGAGAAGAUGACCGAAGUCAUGUUUGAAAGUCUCGGCGUUCCAGCCAUGUACGUCGCCAUCCAAGCCGUGCUCGCCCUCUAUGCUUCUGGACGGACCACUGGAAUGAUCUUGGAUUCUGGAGACGGAGUCACCCACACCGUUCCCAUCUACGAAGGUUACGCCAUUCCUCAUGCCAUUCAACGUCUCGAUCUCGCCGGACGCCACCUCACUGAUUACCUCUCCAAGCUUCUCACCGAGAGAGGACACCUAUUUACAACUACAGCCGAACGCGAAGUUGUUCGUGAUAUCAAAGAGAAGAUAGGGUAUAUUGCCCAAGACUUUGAAAAGGAGAUGGAGACGGCCGCUAAGAUGAGCACGAUCGAGAAAUCCUACGGACACACGAUCGACAUCGGUAACCAACGCUUCAGAGUCGGAGAAGCUAUUUUCCAGCCUGGUCUUCUUGGAAAGGAAGCGGACGGAAUUCACAAAGUCGCUCACCAAGCUAUCAUGAAGAGCGACCUGGAUAUUCGGAGGGACUUGUACCAAAACGUCAUUCUCUCUGGCGGAACGACCAUGUUUCAUGGACUCGCGGAGAGACUGUGCAGAGAGAUGAAAAACCUGGCGCCUGCGAGUGUGGAUAUUCGAGUGAUCACUCCACCCGAGCGGAAACAUUCGAUUUUCAUCGGUGGCUCCUUUAUCUGCUCUCUCAGUUCGUUUGGACCAAUGUGGGUCGGAAAAGAUGAAUACGACGAGUGCGGGGCCAGAAUUGUUCAUCGCAAAUGCUUCUAA